UUUGAUGAUACAGCAAUGCGUGAUGCGAUUGCAUUGGCGCGUCAGUGGGCUGAGAUGGACGAUGGCGAUUUAGCAAAGAUUGAUAGUUCGCGGUACAACUCUUUAUCAACUUUGCAAAAAGUAAAGGCGUCGAAUGCGCUGUCCCACGAAAAACUGGCGCAUCUUGACAAAGUAAAUAAAUUCUCAAAGGCUGGAAACUAUGAUAUUUUGUCAAGUUGGAUCCAGUUAGGGCUAAAAAAUUACUGGGAGGAUAUAAUCCCACUUGCUUUGGAUUUUGUCACAAAACAAGGACGAUUGAAGUAUGUGCGACCCAUAUACAAGUGA